GUGUGACGAUGGCUUCUUCUUCGAUGGCCAGGGCUGUGUGAUUCUGCAGAGGUGUGGGUGUUUCGAGCAGGGGAGAUACUACAAGCCCAGUGAGACGGUCCUGAUGAAUGAGUGCCAGCAAAGCUGCACCUGCAUUCCUGCCCGAGGGGUGACCUGCAAAGCCCACAGCUGCAUCAGUGGAGAAACCUGCCAGAUCAGAGAUGGCAUCAUGGACUGCAUCAGCCAAGUUAUUCCAAAGCCAUCCUGCAGUGUGGUCCGCUGCAGGGAAGGAACAAUUUGUAAGAUGAUAAAUGAGCAGCCAAAGUGUGUGCCAGUCUCUCGGGGCACGUGCUGGGCUGAGGGAUACUUUCAUUACCACACCUUCGAUGGAUGGGCGUACGAUUUCCAUGGCAACUGCACCUACACCGUGGCCAAGACCUGCAGGGAUGCCUCCGGCCUGCCCUCCUUCCAUGUCAUGGCCAAGAGCGAGAACAGUGGGAACACACAGGUCUUCUACAGUGGGUCGGUGACUGUCCAGGUGGAUGGAGUCACUGUCACAGCAGCCAGGGCUGAAGCCGGCUUUGUGUGG